CCCCAAAUUUUUUCCCCAAACCCCCAGAUUUUGCCCCAAAAUUUGAGAUUUUUGCCCCAAAGUUGGGAAUUUGUUUUCCCAGACCAGGUGAAGAGGAAGAUCCUGGUGCUGGACCUGGACGAGACCCUGAUCCACUCCCACCACGACGGGGUCCUGAGGCCCACGGUGCGCCCCGGGACCCCCCCCGACUUCAUCCUCAAGGUGGUGAUCGACAAACACCCCGUGAGGUUCUUCGUGCACAAACGGCCCCACGUGGAUUUCUUCCUGGAGGUGGUGAGCCAGUGGUACGAGCUGGUGGUGUUCACGGCCAGCAUGGAGAUCUACGGCUGCGCCGUGGCCGACAAGCUGGACAACAACCGCAGCAUCCUCAACCGCCGCUACUACCGACAGCACUGCACGCUGGAGCUGGGCAGUUACAUCAAGGACCUGUCGGUGGUGCACAGCGACCUGUCCAGCAUCGUCAUCCUGGACAACUCACCUGGCGCCUACCGCAGCCACCCAGACAACGCCAUCCCCAUCAAGUCGUGGUUCAGUGACCCCGGGGACACGGCCCUGCUCAACCUGCUGCCCAUGCUGGACGCGCUCAGGUUCACGGCCGACGUUCGCUCCGUGCUGAGCCGCAACCUCCACCAGCACCGCCUGUGGUGACCCCGGAGCCCCCCGGGACCCCCGGGACCCCCCCCGGGGACCCCCCCGGGACCCCCGGACCCCCCUUAGCGGGGGGACACAACCAGUGGUGACCCCUCCCCCCACCGGGGACAGCGCCAGCACCGAGGGGACCCCGGGACCCCCCCCCCGGGACCUCCCCCCACCCCGGGAUGGGACCCCCGGGCCGGACUCUGCGCCCCCCCCCCCCCUCAUUUUUUUGGGGGGUGGGGGGGAUUGAAUUUGGGGAGGGGGGGCGGGGAUGGGUUUUGGCGCCCUUCCCCCACCCCCACCCCCCCCACGUGCCUGAAUUGGGGGGUUUUUUUUUGGGGGGGAGGGGCUUUGGGGGCAGCCCCUCCCCCUUCCGGACAGACGGACACUUGGGAGCUCCCCCCCCCCCCAACCCCCACCGUGUUUUUAAAAGCUCUUGGUCCCACUCGCGGCGUCUCUGUGGUUCCUGGGACCCCCCCAGAGCGGGGGGAGGCUCUGUUUGGGGGGGAAAACCCCGAGUUUGGGGUGAAAAACCCGGAUUUUGGGAAAAAAACCCCGGAUUUUGGGGAAAA